UAUGCUCUAUGGGUCAAGUAACAAGUUAUGUUUUUCCCAUGUUUUUCUCAAAAAAUGUUUUGUUUGUUGCAGUAAUCGUAUCAACUUUAGAUCGUACAUAAAAUUGCGUUGAUCCCAGAGGAAACUAUAAUUUUCAAAGAUGGCUAAUGUAGGAAAGGACAAAAAAUGGUUUAAACCACUUUUUGAAUUUGGCGAUAGUCCCGUACCUAAGAAAGUAAAAAAAGAUACCUCAAAUGUCCAAAAACCGAUUAAAAGUAAGGAAUCAUCUGUACCUUUGGCGAAUGGCAGUUUACCAAAUAUUAAUGACAAAAACUGGAUGAAAAAUUUUGAUCCAGUCACUGUAGAGGACCUGGCAGUUCACAAUAAAAAGGUUCAAGAAGUAGAUGAAUGGUUGAAGACUGCUUGUAUGAAUAGCAAUGAUAUGCUGUUGCUAUCUGGACCGGUGGGCUGUGGCAAAACUGCGUGUAUAAGAACCAUAGCUGCUAAGUAUAAUGUUAAAAUGACAGAAUGGAUUACACCACUGGAUAUUGAAUAUCCUAGUGAAUUUGGCGACUAUGAGUUCAAAGUACCACAGUCAAAGAAGUUCCUGGAAUUUAUUAUUAAUUCUGCAAAUUUUACAUCAUUAUUAGACAAUAAUAGCUGCAAGUUAGUUCUAGUGGAGGACUUUCCAAAUGUCUUCAUAAGAACACCAUCAGAAUUUACACAUGUCCUUCAGCAGUAUAAACUAAGGGCAAAAUCUCCAAUAGUAUUCAUAUGUUCCGAAUCUCACACAGACAAUAAAAACACAGCAUUCCACCUAUUCUCACCAAGUUUAAAAGAGCAGUUCAGUAUUCACCAUAUAAUGUUUAACAGUGUAUCAGCAACAGGUCUAAAAGCAGCUCUCAAAAGAGCGAGUGAUAUAAUUAGUAAGAAAUUCACUUCCACAUACAACAUUCCUACAGCGGAUGUUAUUGAGUCUGUCGUCAACACAUCAGGUGGUGACGUGAGAUCGGCAAUUUUAAACUUACAUUUUGCAUGUUUAAAAGGAUCAAGCUGUAAUUUAGAAACCAGUAUAAUAAAAGAAAAAGAUGUUAAAAGUAAAACGACUAGAAAGAAAAAGAAUACAUCAAACAAAUUCAUGUCCCUAGGAAAAGACCAAACAGUGAGCAUUUUGCAUGGUGUAGGAAGAGUAUUAAACCCCAAAGAAUUGACAGGCAAUGAUGGACAAAAAUCUUUGACCCAUAGCCCAAAGGAUAUCAUAGAACAGUUUUUAAGUCAUCCAACGUCAUUUGUAAACUUUCUGGCAGAAAACUACUUACCUCAUUUCUCAUGUACCUACGAUGUAGAUAAGGCUGCAUCGGCUCUUAGCGAAAGUGACUACAUGCUUGCUGAGUGGAGGGAAAAGCUAUGUCAAGAGCAUGGUUUGUACACAGCAGUAGCAGGACUAAUGUUGUCUAACAAAUCACCCGUAUCAGCUUGGAAUCCUGUUAGAGGUCCAAAAAAUAUGAAAGUUCAAUAUCCAUCCCUUCAUGAAUUACCGCUUUUGGAGCCGAAUUAUUUGUACAAGGGCAAAGUUCUUGUAACAGAUUACUUAACUUAUUGUAAAAUAAUCGGAAAUCAAACUUGAAACGAACUUGUCACUAAAAAGCAAUAAAAGACUGACUGAAUUUAUCAAUGAAAUUAAAGAUCUACUAUUGUUCAUACAAAUAAAAGAAUGGAUUUAUAUACAAAGUCGUUUUAUUAAAAAAGAACAAUCUGCUAACAUAACAUCCUUAUGGUUAUUAAAUAAUAUUUCUUACGACUUGUUAUGGGACACGGGAUCUUUGGAUCUGGGAAGCAAAUAAAAUAAAAUCAGUCAAAUUAUGAUAUUUAUUAACAAGUCCAUUUGAUUUUACAAAAUAAAAUCCUAGAAUUACAUCAGCACUGCACUUUCCUGUCAAUUUUUAUUUUAAGUUUGUUUGCACUGAUCACUCACUCUGGUCAGUUUCCAUUUUGCAAGCUUUUAUAACAAGAAAUAGUUUAUUAAUGCAUAAAGUCAAACGUUCCUACAGCUUUAUUAACAUCAUGAAUUUAUACUUACCUGUCCUGGCCCUCUACCUACUUUCUACGGGGGUUUAUAUGGGUACCAAAUUGAUUAAUACUCACCAUUUGAAGUUUCUGGAAUGUGUCAUGUCAAUUGUUUGUGUUGGUUAUUUGUCUUGUUGCGAAUGAGUGUUUAGUGUUAUCUUGGUGUGUGGUAGAUUUAUUUGUGAAUUCUGAUUUUCAUUAAUUUACAAGUUAGAUGAAACUCGUGCAGGGGAUGACAAGAUGAUUAUGAUUGAUGUUUUCAUUCGAAAAUAUUUUUAGUAGUGUAGAAUAGUAGUACAGAAUAGUGGCGAAAUUGAAGUGAAUCUGAUCGCACAUAAAGAGAAGAGCUGCCGCAAGUAACGAAUUUUUCAGUUAGGGGAUAGGCAUCACCGAUUU